GAGAUAACAAACAGUCUCACUCUAUCCCUCACCAAAUCUUCUUCUUCUCCACCAAAUCUGAAACCCUAGAUUCUCGAUUCUCCUCCUCCCAUGGCGAUAUCGUCUCCCGCCUACUCCAGACUUAUCUGCUCCUACUCCUCCCCCUCCCCCUCCCCUUCCCUCUCUCCCGCCAUUUCCACUUCCGUUAAACUCAACCUCUCUUCCUCCUUCCUCCCUUCGUACUCACUCUCCACCCCCUCAGCUCCCCACUCCCCCCGCCGCUCCUUCACCGUCCGCGCCGCCCGCGGGAAGUUCGAGAGAAAAAAGCCCCACGUCAACAUCGGAACAAUCGGCCACGUCGACCACGGCAAAACCACCCUAACCGCCGCCCUCACCAUGGCCCUCGCCUCCAUGGGGAACAGCGUCGCCAAAAAGUACGACGAGAUCGACGCCGCGCCGGAAGAAAGAGCCCGCGGCAUCACGAUCAACACCGCCACCGUCGAGUACGAGACGGAGAACCGCCACUACGCCCACGUGGACUGCCCCGGCCACGCCGAUUACGUCAAGAACAUGAUCACCGGAGCCGCGCAGAUGGACGGAGCCAUCCUCGUCGUCUCCGGCGCCGACGGACCUAUGCCGCAGACCAAAGAGCACAUCCUUCUCGCUAAGCAGGUCGGCGUCCCCGACAUGGUCGUCUUCUUGAACAAAGAGGAUCAGGUCGAUGACGCCGAGCUGCUGGAGCUCGUUGAGCUUGAGGUGCGUGAGCUUUUGUCCUCUUACGAGUUUAACGGUGAUGAUAUCCCGAUUAUCUCCGGAUCCGCGUUGUUAGCUGUAGAGACGCUUACUGAGAACCCCAACGUGAAGAGAGGAGAUAACAAGUGGGUGGAUAAGAUCUACGAGCUGAUGGAUGCUGUUGAUAGCUAUAUUCCAAUUCCUCAGAGACAGACCGAGUUGCCUUUCUUGUUAGCUGUUGAAGAUGUGUUCUCCAUCACGGGGCGUGGGACUGUGGCCACAGGGAGGGUUGAGAGAGGGACUGUUAAGGUGGGAGAGACUGUGGAUUUGGUUGGGUUGAGAGAGACUAGGAACUAUACAGUCACUGGGGUCGAAAUGUUUCAGAAGAUUCUUGAUGAGGCAUUGGCUGGUGACAAUGUUGGGUUGUUGCUUAGAGGGAUUCAAAAGGCUGAUAUUCAGAGGGGGAUGGUGUUGGCUAAGCCUGGGAGUAUUACUCCGCAUACUAAGUUCGAGGCGAUUGUGUAUGUGUUGAAGAAGGAGGAGGGUGGGAGGCAUUCUCCGUUUUUCGCGGGGUACAGGCCUCAGUUUUACAUGAGGACGACGGAUGUUACGGGGAAAGUGACGAAGAUUAUGAACGAUAAAGAUGAGGAGUCGAAGAUGGUUAUGCCUGGGGAUAGGGUGAAGAUUGUUGUGGAGCUUAUUGUGCCGGUUGCUUGUGAGCAAGGGAUGAGGUUUGCUAUUAGAGAAGGCGGGAAGACCGUUGGUGCUGGAGUUAUUCAGUCUAUCAUCGAGUGAUCGAUUAGAGAGUUUCAUAUAGUGAGCAAUCUGUCUACUUGCGUUCUUUUUGUUUCACUCUUGAUUCGCAAAACUCUUUUCUUUUUGUGCCAUUUUCUGUAAGAACUUGAAAUCAAAAUGUCAUAUAUUUCUUGAUUGCCUGACCUUCUCUA